UACCAUGAUGGGAUUCUGAUCUUCACUGUUGCUGCACCACAGGUCUCUUAACAACCAGUAACCUAAAAGAUAAAAUGACCAGUCUUACUGCAGGAAGAGUAACACAAGGCCAGCAAGAGUCAACUUAAAACUAACUGGAGUAGCAGCAGAGGCAAUCUUACAGGCCACGUGAAGACCCACAUUACCUAUGCACCUAGCAAAAAUCUGAAACUACAAACCAGUUGCAGGAACUCCUGUCUCACAAUGCUGUCUAUCCAGCUGCCACUGCUACUCCUCUGCCUGACCUUGUCUGGUGUUUGCCUCAAUGGGGGGCAGCCCCUUCCAGAAGCAAGUGAGAACAUGGGAAGAAGACCCCUGGAUAACAUCCUGCAGAGAUCUGAAAGCUUCAUCCUUCAGUCUGUCCUCAAGAAAGCUGAAAAGAAAGAAGAGAUGAAUAAAGAAUUAAAUGCCCCUCUGCCAGAAUGGCUUUCCAAAAGACAACACCCCGGAAAAAGAUACAUAAGCGACCUGGAAAAGAGACAGCAUCCUGGAAAAAGAGAUGUCAAGGAAGAAGCAUCUUAUGGAGACAUUCAGAAGAGGCAGCAUCCAGGGAAAAGGGAGGUAGAAGACGACCUUGCCAGCUAUCUGGAGCUGAAAAAGCGACAGCAUCCUGGCAGAAGGUCGCUGUGGGACCAACAUGUGGACAUCCCUAGUGCACGUCUGACUUACUUGAAUGUGUUAUCCAAAAGACAGCAUCCAGGGAGAGGGUAUCUGAUGCAUAAACAUCAGCAUCCUAGCAAGAGAGGCUGGAAUGAUGAGCUAGACAUAAGUGACCAUGAUGGGGAGAAACGCCAGCACCCUGGAAAAAGGCACUGGGAUACCGAUAACCCAGAUUAUGCAGGUCCCUGUGACCUUCAGGAGUCCUCCACCUGUAACACAGGCAGCUUGUGGGUUGAUUUACCAGAAAAAUUUAGCAAAGACAGGGUAGAAGAAAAACGUCAGCACCCAGGAAGGAGAUCAACAUGGGAGAGUGAAACAGAGGAAUGAGAAAGUAAUUGUGUAUCAUUUGCAUUUGGUGAAGUAAAUUGCCAGAACACUAAAAAAUUCUGUUCACUCCCUUUUGGCUUCCUGCUGCUGAUCUCCGCACUACCUUCCAGUGAGUGAGUGUCCCCAUUUGAGCUAAUGGCUUUGUCACACACUUAAAGUAACGGAACAGAAGCAAUCAGUUGAAUGGCCCAGGCAAGUACUGAGAGUCUUCGACUCCCCCACUCUGUGAAGUUAAGAGUGCUCUGUUCCUUAUGGUCCUAGACCCCAGAAUAAUCCUAUGUGCGGUCUUAAACAGGAUCUUUAAUAUCUGUUCAGCUGCUACUCAAGAAGAAUAAUUGCAUGGCUUCCUCUCAUGUCAGUGAAAUCAGUACAUGAAUUGGAAGAAAAAAGUAUAACAUGCAAAUUAUUUCAAAAUGAAAUUGAGUAGGUUUUCAAUUCUAAAUGAUACAUUAAUGAGACCCUGUGCACUACAAUCUAUCUAGACAGUAAGCACUGAACAGAGAUAGGGAAUGUUCCAAGUGCAAAAGAUUAGAUGACUGGCUUCAUAGUUUGCCUUGGAACUGCACCAAGGAAUCAUUUCAUCUAGGAGGCUGCAUAGUUCAAAGGGUUAACGCAUCCCAGAGCAACUCAACCUAAGCUGUGAACUUUGCUGUGUACACCCCAAACUAGAACUCCCACCCUGGUGUGUCCACAUUUCAGUCACUCCCCUUGAAAUCACGCCUUCUCCUUAGAUGUUUAAAAUUGAAACAAAUUUUCUUUCUGAUAUCUAUCUUUUCUUCUGAUACAGAUUUCUGAUUUUUCCCCUCUCAAAGGAAUGCUCUUCCUUUCUGUGGUCAGACUCCCAAAAGUAUUUAUUUGAUAUGAAUGGUUCAAUAAACAUCAAUAGUAAACUCUGGGUGUCCUUACUGGUGGUGCAAAACAUACUGUAAUAGAGUGAAAAACUUAAAACCAACCCAAGCUAAACAAAAAUAAAUGAACACCCAGGGAUAUUUUUCAGUGGAAAGUUUUUGCAUGCUGGUCAGCCCACGUUUACACCUAAAACUGGUUUGCUACUGAAGUGGAAGGGUGAUUUGCAUAUAUAUUCCCUUUUUCAAUCUUCUACCUGUAUGAUACACAAGUACAAAGAUCUGGGCUAAACCCUAUCACCUCGCUCACUGGGAAUUUCUACUGUUUGAGAAUGAUCUUGGCAAGCAAAACGUGGUUUAAGUUUGAGGCAGAUUCAUUUUAAACAAUGGAAGAAAGGUUGACUGAUCUACCUGCUCAAACCUUCUCAAUUCCAUGAUUCAGUGCAACAUACAGCAAGACACGCAGACAUGCAAGUCACUGAAGAAGAAAAAAUUAAUUUCACCAGUCUUGUGCUUGCAGGAUGGCUUUGCUGUAGCUAAGCUCUACUGGAUGUGACCGAUUACUAUGUUUGUACACGCACACACAGAAACAAAUAGAAUUGUUCUUUCUCAAUACCAUCAUACCUUUCUCAAUACCAUCAAAACAUGUUAUAUGCCUUGAGUGUUCUUUCUAAAAACGGUUGUUUCCCCACUCUCUGCCUCAGAGCACAUCCUUUGUUAUAGAAGUUAAUUCCUCCAUAUGACUUAAUUACCCUAACAAAGAAUAAUUAACGAUCUCAGCAAGUUUGAUGGAAGAUAGAUACUCCCAGGUUGAUCAACACUCUACUUGGUCUGUCAAACAGUUUCUACUUUUGGAGACAACGUACUGUUCAAUGCAUGUGACAACUGGUAGACCUGUUUUAUUGACAGGGGUUUUCUAAUUAAAAAGUGCUGAACAAAUCCUCAGAGGAGGUAGCUAGCAACAUAACCGUACACUCCGAAUUCCUUUAGCAAGUUUUCUCUAUACAGUGCUUUCUAAAAUGCUCGUUUCAUUUCACAAGUGGAAAAAAAAAAAGAUUUCUAUAAAGAUUACCAUUUCAUAUACCAUUUCCUGCAAUGAAUCGGUGCUUCUUACAGAUCAGUAGUACUACACAAGACU